AUGCUCCGGCUCCCAUGGGUGCCAUCGGCACCGAGGCCACGGCAGAGCCGGCGGGGCCUGCGCCACAGGCCGGGGACCUCCGUGGUGCGAAAUGGAGCCUCGGCUGAACGCAUCAUCAUGACGGCCUCCUCCACGCUGCUCGCCCUGCUCCUCAUGCCGCUGUGCCUCUGGAUCUACAGCCGCCACUGGAUCAACACGACACUCGUGCAACUGCUGCCGCUGGGCGCCGUGAGCCUCACGCUGGCCAGCACCCUGCUGCCCAUCGGCCUGGGGGUGCUCAUCCGCCACCAGCGCCCCCGCGUCGCCGACAUCCUCGUUAAGGUUUCCCUGUGGUCCCUGCUGGUGACGCUGGUGAUCCUGUUCAUCCUCACGGGGACCAUGCUGGGGCCAGACCUGCUGGCGCACAUCCCCGCCUCUGUGUACGCCAUCGCGCUGCUCAUGCCCCUGGCCGGCUACGCGCUGGGCUACGGCCUGGCCACGCUCUUCGCCCUGCCGCCGCACUGCAGGAGGACAGUGUCCCUAGAAACGGGCUGCCAAAACGUCCAGCUGUGCACGGCCAUCCUGAAGCUCACCUUCCCGCCGCAGCUCAUCGGCAGCAUGUACAUGUUCCCCCUGCUGUACGCGCUGUUCCAGUCGGCAGAGGCAGGGCUCUUUGUGCUGGCAUACAAGAUGUACGGGAGGGAGGGCUACAAGCCAGAUGCCCUCGGCGAGCAGGAAGACACGGAUAUUUCCUACAAGAAGCUAAAAGAAGAGGAGGUGCCCGAUACCUCCUACGGCACCGUGGCCGCGGAGGAGCGCAGCUCUGUGCAGAUGGAGUCGGCGCAGACUGCGCUUUAG